AUGCCCAUGUCGGCAGUGCCUGUGUCCAUGCCGGCGGUACAGAUGCCCCUCAUGGGUUUCUCAAAUGCCUUGCUGGUGCCAGUUACAGUUGUAGCAGUCAACCUACCAUCGCCGUCAGCAAGUCCUACCAUUGCCAAGCAAAGCUCCUUGUCCUCGGAAUCAGAGACUUCCCUGCCACUCUCGAGACAAAGCUCUGAAUCGAUCGACUCGGAGCUUGGCCACUCGGGCUCUAUUUCUGGCCGCGUCUGGGACUUGUCCCAACGCUCCAAGGGUUGCCGCCACGUCCAGGCGAGCCUGGACGCUGCCAGCGACGCCGAGCGCGCGCAGCUGGCGUCGGAGCUCCGGGGCCGCAUCUUUGCAGCGGCGCGGAGCGCCUGCGCCAACUACGUCCUCCAGAAGAUCAUCCACGUGCUGCGUCCUCAAGCGUGCCAGUUCAUUAUCGAUGAGCUCAUGCAGGAUCCACAAGAGGUGCCGGCUUUGGCACGUCAUCAGUAUGGCUGCCGUAUCUUGCAGCGUCUCUUGGAGCAUUGUCAAAGCCAACAGAUGGGAGGCAUCAUUCAGCUCUUGCUCUCCGAGGCCCUGUCCUUGGUGCGGCACAGCUACGGCACCUUUGUGAUGCAAGAGAUCUUCGACUUUGGUACGGAAGCGCAGCGACGUCGUUUGGGUGAAGUGUUGCUUGGGGCGGGAGACCUGGGCAAUGACGAGAGCGCCACCCAAGUCCUGCAGAAAGCUCUGCUGCACGCGCCGCAGAAGGUUGCCUUGGCCCGCUCGCUGGUGCCGCAGUUUACCCACAUUGCCCGUGGUCGACAUAGCCACCAUACAGUGCUGGCGGCUUUGCCACUCUUGUCACAAGAGGACUCUGAACGGGCCAUUGCACUUCUUUCUUCGAAGGUGCAGAAGCUUUGGGCAUCACGCUAUGGCCGUUUGGUGGUGAAGGCAAUCCCCAGUUUGCACCAACAGUGCGUGGGGAUGACACGGCGGGAGGCACGGGUGCGGCAUAGGUGGUGCUUCCAUGGAUGCGGCCAAUACUUCAAAGAAACUGGACAUAUCAUAUAA